AUGGAAACCGAGAAGACUGCUGCCCAAAAGUUAGCAGAACGUAAGGAGCGUUUACGAAAUCUACACAAGCUACGUCAAGAAGCACGUACCCACAAUCAUCAAGAGGUCAUAGCAGAAGAUGCACGCAAGAAACUACCCAACAAUUGGGAGGCACGCAAAAGACAAGCCGAUUGGAUAUUGGCCGAUGAAAAGGCCCGCGAAGAAGCCAAAGCAAAAGGUCUCGAUUAUGAUCGUUUAAAGCUACUCGAAGUCUCAGCCAUUGAUGCUGAAAAAAUCGAAAAGAAGAAAAAGAAACAAAAUCCUGAUUUGGGUUUCUCUACAUUUGAGGCCCAGACAGCCAGGCAAUAUAAUCGUUUAGUAAAAAAUAUGCCAGCUCGUGAUAUGUCGAAAUAUGAAAAGCAGAAAGAAGAAUUGGGGGAGGCAUUUUAUGGUGGCCCCAAUACGGUGAUACAUGGUUUGGUUAAGGAUACCCCUGCGGCCAUUAAUAAUAUGGUCAAAGAUUUGGAACAACAAAUCGAUAGGCGUAAAAAAUACUCCAGAAGGCGUAUUUACAAUGACGAUGCCGAUGUGGACUUUAUCAAUGAAAGGAAUUCCAAAUUCAAUAAGAAAUUGGAGAGGUUCUAUGGCGAACAUACGGCUGAAAUUAAACAGAAUUUGGAACGUGGUACUGCUAUUUAA